AUGUCGAGCGAUGGUGGUGCGUCCGAGGGCCUCGAAAUCGGCCCGGCCGAGCCCUGGGUGGGCCUGUCGAACUUCCCAGGCGCGACGCAGUCCACGUUCAAGCAGCUCCUGGACAAGCUGAAGCAGCUGGGCCGCGACAGCCUCAAUGUGCUAGUCAUCGGCCGGCCCGGUGUGGGCAAGUCUUCCCUGUGCAACUCCGUCUUCAACGAGAAGGUCGCGCAGGUGUCCGCGUUCGCGCCGGGGAGCAGCGAGGUCGCCGUGUGCCAGCGCCAGGCCGCGGGAUUCACGCUCCGCAUGAUAGACACGCCUGGUUUGUCUAAGGGCGACCACGUCAACGACGAAGCGCUCCAGAGCAUCGCGUACGCCGUCCGGAGCACCCCGAUCGAUGUUGUGUUCUUCGUUGACCGCUUCGACCUGUACAAACCGGAGCGCCUCGACGGCGAGGUCCUCCAGGCCGUCUCCGACACCUUCGGGCGCGACAUCUGGGACAACUCCUUCCUCGUCCUCACGCGCGCCAACAUGAAGAACCCCCCCAACGGCAUCGAGUGGUCGAACUUCGCCGAGGCGCGCGCGGGGGCGAUCCGGAAGCAGGUCAAGAAGGCCGGCGGACACGACGACAUCCCCGUGCUCUUCGUGGAGAACUCGGACAGGUGCGACAAGGACGCGCACGGGCAGAAGAUCCUCCCGGACGACACGCUGUGGCUGUGCACGCUCAUGGCGUGCAUGGUCGACGCGAUGGAGAAGGGCCUCGAGCCGUACGAGUAUGACGGCAAGGGCGACGAGCGCGGGAACCCCGACCGGCGCCGCCGGUGGCUGAUCCCGCUGCUGAUCGUGGCGCAGGUGGCGUUCAAGUUCCUCGUCCUCGACAAGCUCUCCGACGAGGACGCGUGCACCGGCGACCAGUUCGGCCCCUUCGACAAGGAGACGGCGGCACAGCGGCGCAAGGAGAUGCAGGAGGAGAAGGCGGAGCGGGAGCGGCGGGAGCAGGCGCGCAAGUCGCGGGAGGCGCAGAUGGCCAAGGCGCGGGCCGCGGCGGCGGCGGCCGCGGCAGCGUCGUCCGACUCGGACGACGAGAGCGGGGGGGAGUCCGACGGCUCGGGGUCGGACGACGGCGACGACGACGACGACGGGUCGGACAGCGAGUGA